AUGGAUGAAGAAUAUGACAUUGGUUUAGCUAUAGCAAUUUCACAAGGACUUAGAGAAAAGAUCGUUCCUGAUACACCUGAAGAAUAUGCAAACAUUUAUACAGAAUGCUGGGAUAAUGACCCAAACAAUCGUCCGUCCAUGAAAAAAAUCAGAUGA